AAAAAUGGCGGAUGGCGUGGACAUCGAUCUUUAUGACAAUUUAGAAGAAGGAUUUGAACAGAAUGAGGAAUUUACACAAGAUGAUGAUUUGUACAAUGAUGUAAUAACAGCAUCCUCGUCUGUAGAGUCUACUGAGACGAUAGAAGAAACAAAAGCUUUGUCAAUAUCCGUACCAGCAGGUUAUAGUGGUAGGAGGAUAAGUUUAUAUGUAGGAAACCUAACAUGGUGGACGACAGAUCAAGAUUUAACAGAUGCCAUAGCUUCUGUAGGAGUCACAGAUUUAGUAGAGAUUAAAUUUUAUGAAAAUAGAGCAAACGGACAGUCAAAAGGGUUUGCAGUAGUGGUAGUAGGAUCAGACAACUCUUCUAGGUUGAUAUUUGACAAGCUACCAAAGAAAGAAAUCCAUGGCCAGGUUCCACAGGUAACAAAUGCUAACAAACAGGCACUUAGUCAAUUUGAAGCCCAGUCAAAGAAAGAUGGUGGACCUCCUCAAAAUGGUAAUUACAGUCCCCCAGGUCCAAGACCUCAGCAGCCGAGACCACCAGUUGGAAAGCCAGGAUUUAUGCCUCGACAAAAUAGGCCUCCAGGACCAGGAGACCAUCCCCCACCAGGCCCUCCUCCACAUGGUGGACCCCCUCCAGGAUUCCCAGGAGGACCACCACCUCGAGGAUUCCCUCCAACAUCUGGUCCCCCUCCAAUGUCUGGACCACCCCCAGGACCACACAUGAGAUUUGGAGGUCCACCACCAGGAGGGCAUAUGAUGAGAGGAGGCCCUCCACCCCCAUUCAGAGGUCCACCACCACAAGAUCCACGUGGACCACCUCCUCGUCCAGAGUGGGAAAGACCACCAGUAGGGUAUCCACCCAGUGGACCACCACCCCCAGGUCCACAACCAGUGCCUCCACCUGGAGCAAGAAUGCCACAUCCAGGUAUGCCACCAGCUACUCCACCUAUAUCUCUGCCACCACCAGGCCACCCGACAGCUCCUGCACCACAUGUUAAUCCAGCUUUCUUUCCUCCACCACAUGGAGGACCACCCCCUGCUGUGGCACCUUUACACCCUGGAGCAGACCCAUAUGGAAGGCCGCCACCAGUAUCAUACCCUACAGACCCUUACAGACCUCCAGAUCACUACUCUAGACCCCCUCCUGAAAGACCAGAAUCACCAGCCCUCAGUGAACAAGAAUUUGAAGAGAUUUUCCAGAGAAAUAAGACUGUAUCAAGUAGUGCUAUAUCCAGAGCUGUACAAGACGCAAGUGCAGGAGAAUUUGCAAGUGCAAUAGAGACAUUAGUGACAGCCAUCUCUCUGAUCAAACAGUCAAAGAUUGCUAGUGAUGAUCGAUGUAAAAUUCUCAUUAGCUCUCUACAAGACACACUUCAUGGUAUAGAAGAGAAGUCAUAUGGAUCAAAGAGCAGUGCAAGAAGAUCAAGAUCUAGGGAACGUGAAAGAGAAAAGGAAAGAAGAAGUAGAAGUCACAGAUCAAGGAGUAGGGAUCGAGCAGAAUACAGAGAGAGGAGUAGAGAAAGAGGGGAUCGUCACUAUGCUGAAGAAUCAUCGUCACGGUCCUCACACAGAUCUGACAGAGAUCGAGAUCGGGAUAGGGAAAGAGAAAGAGAAUAUAGCAGCAGACGACAUUAACUUAGAUUUCCUGAAUUUGAAAAUAUCAUCGAAGAAUUUUUGUUUCUGCACAAAAUAUUCUAAAAGAUUGUGUUUGGAGACAGUUAUAGGAAAAAAUCUCUGGAAUUGAAGAUUUUUUUUUGUUAUUUAGGAAACAAAUUUGUUAAUAUAUUUAAAAAUUCAGUAUUGUAACGUAUUGUCUUUCUAAAAAUAUUUUGAAGGAAUUUUGUUUGGGCAACUGCAAAUUAAAACUUGAAAUUGAAUUUCCAUAUUUACUUUUAGGUAAAUAAGAAGACUAAAUUUGAAAACUGAUGAAUAUAUGAACCAAUAAAACCAUUGACUACUAGUUAUAUCAGGGACAAAGAUCAUAAAAAAAUGUCAAUAACUAUAGAGAAAAUUUGCUAUGAUUUCUAAAAGUAAUUGGGAUAUUUUUGACGAAAAAAAUCAUCAAAAUAUUUUGUCUUCUUCCGUAACCAUAAAGCAGUUGCCCUUUUCACAAACAUGUAUAAUUUUUGCCAAAGUCUUUCAGUCUUUUUUGUAACAAAUGCAUAUUGGUGCAAUAUUUAU